AUGGCCGAUAUCGCUAUGCACAAGUCGUUGAAGCAUCUUUUGGCCGAACAGCUGCCCAAAGAUGUGCCCUUCACCUUUUAUCACUACUCCACUCCGCCCACCAAGUCCUCCGCCCUCUUCUCCGCUCCACCCCAUGCAAAGUCCGAGCGAACAUACUGCGAGUCGCAUUUGCUUGCCGCCUCGAUAACGCCAAAUCAUGCCGAAACCUCAGAACUGCCUGAGGAGCUCCUCGUUCUUGCCAUUGAGGUCUUGAUAUACACCACCCGAAGCCUUACAACCAUCUUCGUCUCCAAAGCCGACUCAACAGGCUGUUUAUCUGAGCUGCAGCUCCCACGGGGGCAAUCCGGCUCGCCAUUGAAGACCAUAUGCGGGACAUUCGUAUCUUGGUUGGCAACAGAAAGGCAACGAGAAGGAAAGAAGCUAGUCGUCUCACUGUUCGCAAGAGCACAGGACCAGUACCUCUUUCCCGCGAGUAUCGACAACAAGAACAAGCAUGUAUUGGAUGAUAGAGGAUUGGUGAAAUGGUGGUGCAAAGUUCUUGAUCCGAUAGUUUGGCAGUACAAAGCGGAAGAGGAGCGCAAGUCUUUUGCGGACAGGCUGACUGAGGGUGUCAAUGCGGGCAGCAAUGGCCAAACAUCUUCAGCAUACGCUACAGCCAAGGGCUUCCUUGUCAUCCCGGGCUUUGAGCCAUAUGACACACUGCGAUACAUACCUCCACCACCGAGACCGAAUACACCGCGAAGGUGGGCUGCUACGCAUCCACUACUUCAGAUCGCACCCCAUCCCGCCGCUCCUCCACGAUGUAUUGUACCACAUUUCCCUGACGAUCCGAAAGCGCGAUUCUUGGACGAGCUUGAUGAAGAGCUUCCUGAUCGAGGAACUGAUGCUAUGGUAGCGGACGGAGGUACACCAUCAAGGAGCACUGGUAUAUGGAAGAGUGUCAAGACGCUGGAUCAGUUCUGGGAAUUCAUGGCGUUUCGCCAAGAAUGCUCGUCUGGCAGGAUCGUGGGAUUCAUAUGGGUGGUCAUUACUCCCGCACAGCCUUCGAUACCCGAGGAAGAUGAGGAAGAGCCAUCGCAGCAGUCAGCCUCACAGUCGUUCUCGCAACUCGGGUCCCAGGACAAUGUGAAGUCCCCUAGGAAGCGGAGACAUCCCAAACGCAAGAACAAGCCCAAGACUGAAUGGCCAGUCAGCUCCCGCGGUACCAUCUGCUUUUCGACCAAGGACUAUAACAGAGCUCACGAGAUUCUCAUCCACCAGAAUUUCUGCAGUCGCGCUUCGACGGCCAAAGCAACGAAGCGAUGGAAGGAAGAGAUUGCCGUAUUGGGAGGCUUAGACGCAUGGGGUUGGUCAGUGACCGGAACCAAAGAGGCUGAGGCUGCCGCAGAUCGGGAAACCAACGGCGUGACUCCCGUGACAACAGUGAUGGGUGUGCGGAAGAAGAGGAAGCCGUCUACAUCAACAGCGACACUUCCAGAGAAACAGGAGGCAGUCAAGAGCCUCGAUACAGGCUUGGUCAGGAAGAAGCAGAAGAUUGAACCUCCGUCCGUUGCGGAGCCGACGAACGGGGUCAAUACGCUCACGGCAGGAUUGGUACGGAAGAAGCCCAAAGCGUAA